AUGCCCAAAACUCUUACGCUCGCCCAGAAUCAUCCUUCGGUUCCAUGGUGCCCAACUCCUCCUCCUGCAUCUUCGCCACUAUUGCGGCUUAUGGCCAUCCCUGCUCCAGCUCUCACCGCGGCUGCUUCAACUACAGUUCCGUCUGCCGCUGCCGCUGUAGCUCCUCCUACCAUGCAGCGCCUUCAGAACGAAGAGUAA